UCGUUUUCUUCAGAACCGUCCUGUCGAUGACUUUACUUGGGCGAUCCGGAUGGCUUUUUAGGGACCGAAGCAGAGUACAAAACCAGCGGAUCUUUUGGAGGAGGCAGGAAAUAGUGGGAGAUGCACAGGUGGAGCACAGACUGGAAAGAGGCAGUAGUUUCAGGAUAAACACCGGGGGGGAAGUGUGGGGUUAGGUGGAGCUUUCCUGGCUGCACAGGCUAUUCAGGGACAGGUUGGACUGGUUUCUCCCUCCACAAUACCUGUGUCUCCCUCACUCUCAAUCAUUUAUACCAGCAGAGAGGGAAGAAGACGUGAACCAGAUAGGGAGGCUGUGGAAAGAGUAGAGUUCUCCGUGCAUUUCAGCGUUUGGCCCAGAAAGGAAUUUCAACAUGCCCGAGGAUGGAGAGUUUUACGGAAAGAACGGCGAGCCGAGGAAGUAUGAUCCAACCUUCAAGGGUCCAAUCCAGAACAGGGGCUGCACAGACAUCGUGUGCUGCAUCCUCUUCAUUGUUGCCAUUCUGGGUUACAUUGCGGUGGGGAUACUCGCCUGGUCCCAGGGCGACCCCAGGAAGGUGAUCUAUCCUACAGACAGCCGGGGGCAGUUCUGUGGGCAGGCUGGCACGCCGCUAGAAAAGAAGCCAUUUUUGUUCUACUUCAACAUCAUGAAGUGUGCCAGCCCCAUGGUGCUGCUGGAGUUCCAGUGUCCCACCACACAGAUGUGUGUGGACAAGUGCCCUGACAAAUUCAUGACGUUAAUUAAAGCCUACUCCAACCAAAAAGACUUUGACUACUACAGAAACUUCUGCAAGGAAGGGGUGACUAAUUCGAUGGGUAUACCAGAAAUCCUCAAGCAGGGUCUUUGUCCUGCCAUGCUGACACCCAGCAAGCCCUUCACCCGUAGGUGCUUCCCUGCUCUGGGUCUAAAAGGAGGCGUGAUAACUGUCGGAAACAGCUCUCACUUUGACGAUGGAUCCGGAAAAAUGAGGGACGCCAAGGAUCUGGUGGAUGGAGUGAAGAAUGCCACUGUGGUUCUCGAGGCUCGUCAGGUGGUGAUGAAAAUCUUUGAGGAUUACACGCAGUCCUGGUACUGGAUCCUCCUGGGACUGGUUAUCGCCAUGCUCGUCAGCCUGCUCUUCAUCAUCCUCCUGCGCUUCCUGGCAGGGAUCAUGGUCUGGGUCAUGAUCGCAUUGGUGAUACUGGUGUUAGGAUAUGGUAUCUUCCACUGCUACAUGGAAUAUGCUGCUCUGAAGGGAGAGCCGGGCUCUAAUGUGACUCUCCAGGAACUGGGCUUCCAGACAGACUUCACAGUGUACCUGCAGAUUAGACAGACCUGGCUGGCCUUCAUGAUCAUCUUGGCCAUUGUGGAAGUCAUCAUCAUCCUGCUGCUCAUCUUCCUCAGGAAGAGGAUCCUCAUCGCCGUUGCUCUCAUUAAAGAAGCGAGCAGAGCCAUAGGACAUGUCAUGUGCUCCCUCUUCUACCCGCUGUUCACCUUCCUCCUCCUGGCCAUGGUCAUCGCCUACUGGGCCGUUACUGCGGUUUUCUUGUCUACCUCCAAUGAGCCGAUCUACAAGGUUUUUAACGAGACAGACUGCGAACACUCAAGAAAAACGUGCGACCCAGCUAACUACACGACGAGUUCCAUGAAAGCACAGUGUCCUGACUCGGAGUGCCUUUUUGCCUUCUACGGAGGAGAGACCGUUUACCACAAAUACCUGAUCGGCCUGCAGUUCUACAACGUCUUCCUCUUCUUCUGGUGCGCCAACUUCGUCACGGCUCUGGGACAGAUGACGUUAGCCGGGGCCUUCGCUUCUUACUACUGGGCCUUUGUCAAGCCAGACGACAUGCCGGCCUUCCCAGUGUUUUCCUCCCUGGGGAGAUCUCUCAGGUACCACACAGGGACUCUGGCAUUUGGCUCCCUUAUCCUCUCCAUCAUUCAGAUCAUCAGGGUUCUGUUGGAAUAUCUGGACCACAAGCUGAAAGGAGCCCAAAAUAAGUUUGCAAAGUUCCUGCUGUGCUGUCUGAAGUGCUGCUUCUGGUGUCUGGAGAAAUUCAUCAAGUUCCUCAACAGAAACGCCUACAUUAUGGUGGCGAUUUAUGGCAAGAACUUUUGCACAUCAGCCAGAGAUGCCUUCUUACUCCUCAUGAGGAACAUGAUCAGAGUUGCUGUCUUGGAUAAAGUUACAGAUUUCCUGUUAUUCUUGGGCAAACUGCUCAUUGUGGGGCUUGUGGGGAUCUUUGCCUUCUUCUUCUUCUCUGGGAGAGUGAAGGCCUUUGAGGAUACAGCUCCUCACCUCCACUACUACUGGGUGCCCAUCCUGACUUUAGUUGUUGGCUCGUACCUCAUCGCUCACGGAUUCUUCAGCGUGUACGCCAUGUGUGUGGACACUCUGUUCCUCUGUUUCUGUGAAGACCUGGAACGCAAUGACGGUUCAGCUGCACGGCCUUAUUACAUGUCGUCGACUCUCCAUGAGAUUCUGUGGAAGAACAAGGCCGAGGAUCCGUCUGCGUCCGAUGAAGAUGUCCGACUAAAACAGCAGCAGGAGGAAGAUGCUACUUAAAGAGGACGAGUUUUGCGGGCAAAGAUUUGUCCCUGAAUGACAGGCACAAUAAAAUCCUGAGUCAUUUUUUAACCAUUUGAAAUUAUGACCUAAAAGAACUGGAACUUUGUUGUUGCCAAGUAGGAAACUGAUCAUUCACUGUGUCUCAGAGACGGAUUGCAGUAAAACUACACGACACUAAGCCCUGAAGUGGCAGGCAUUCAUUGUUUUGCUUCUUGAGCAACCCUGUGAUUGACAAACUGAAUGAAAGACUUUUUUUAGAGUAGUAAAUAUUGUUUUCUUUCAGCUUUUUUUAUGUCUUACAACAAAAGGAAACAUGGGACAGAAGAUGUUGACCGUUUGCUAAACCCCUGCCCCUAAGUUGUUUUAAAUCUCUCUACAUGAAAGACUACACUGCAUCUGAAGAAUUUGGAAUUUGGUACAAUUUCAGGUUAUUUUAACGAGCAAAUCCACUGUGUUGUUUGGUCCCAGCCCCAGGUAAAGCUAAUGUUGAAGUGACUUAAACAGCCAGCAGAGGGCGACUGUUCUGGAUGCAGUUCUGCAGACAUCUAUGAGGAAAUGACCUGACUUCUCGCUGCUUUUAUUCCCUCAGUAAACGUGUUUCUAAUGGGUUUAUAGUCUCAAUCACUAGCUUCAAGUCUCCUUCAAUACAACAUGAUGCUCAUUUCAUAAAUUGUGGGCAAAAGUGGAGCACGUUUUACAGCAGCGCGACCUAGCAAUUCACAAGUCAUAGCCAUAUGGGUAUGUGUAGCGUUGUUGAGUUCUUAGUCAGAUCUAGCGCUUGUUUGUUACUUCUGUUUUCAAGACUAAGAUGGCAACGACCCAUUUCCAAACUUCAGAACAGUGACCCACAAACUAAAUGGAGGCUUUGCCAUAUUUUAUAUUCAGCCUGUUGGAGACACGUUUCUCCUUCUUUUAAAAGCUGUUUCUCUUGUGUUUCAGAAAUACCUGAAUUAUUUUUCAGGCAUCUCACAAGGCUAACAUUAGCUGAAUUAGCUAGUAAGUUACAGCUAAUAAUAGCUAAGCAACAGCUAACAUUAGCUGAAUUAGCUAGUAAGUUACAGCUAAUAAUAGCUAAGCAACAGCUAACAUUAGCUGAAUUAGCUAGCAGGUUACAGCUAAUAGCAACAGUUGUAACAUUAGCUGAACUAGCUAACAAGCUACAGCUAAGAAUAUCAAAGCAACAAUUGUAAUGUUAGCUGAAAUAGCUAGCAAGCCACAGCUAAUAAUAUCAAAGCAACAGUCGUAACAUUAGCUGAAUUAGCUAGCAAGCUACAGCUAAUAAUAUCAAAGCAACAGUUGUAAUGUUAGCUGAAUUAGCUAGCAAGCUACAGCUAAUAAUAUCAAAGCAACAGUUGUAACGUUAGCUGAAUUAGCUAGCAAGCUACAGCUAAUAAUAUCAAAGCAACAGUUGUAAUUUCAGAUGGAAAAACAGAGGUAGCCAGCUAAUAAUGUUUCGCCUGCUUUAUGUCUUCCUCAGUCUACAAACAGUGACCCAGUGUUUCUGAAUUCCUAUUAUUUAACCUCAAAAGGGGCGGUGCUUAGCAAAGGUCAACAGAAGCAUGUGUCUUGGAAUGAGCGCUUUAAAACGUACACAGGAAAGUGGUAUCAUUUGUUGCAUGAUUAAUGUGAUGAAAUCUGUACUUGGAGGUGGUGAGUUUAGUUUCUCAGCCAGAUCUGCCUUCACCUUCCAGUGACUUGUGUUUGGAAUGAAUGGUCUGAAACGUGAUCUGCAAUGUGUUGGCGUUGGAUGAAUGCUUUACUCUGAGCUGAAUGGACGUUUCUAAUCUCGGUUGUUGCCUUUUUUUGUAAUAGUUCCUCCCACUGCCACAAACCAAUAGAAACUUGAAGCCAAUCAUGUGCCUGAUUUAACAUCUUUUUGCACCUUAAAGUUUUAAGGGAACCUAAACCGUUUACAGUUGUAUGUUCAGUAAAGCACUUUAAUUUGUCUUCACACUAAGCCAGAACAGGUUCUUAUCUCUAUGAUUUACUGCUGUUUUUUUUCUCAACUAGUUGCUUUGUUGUAUUUUCUGUUGAAGUUUUGCCUGUAAAUUGAUGUAGAUUUUGCAUUUAGUAGCUUUUUAGAGGACAGGGCACUUGGAUUAUUAAACUGCAUUUGAGGCAACUGAGAAAAUGAAAGAAAUGAAACUCUUUAGCUUGAUAUUUGUUGUUCAUAAUUGUCUGAACUACUGAUUAAAGCUGCUGCCUUUUUUCUA